GCCACAGUCACUCUUGUCGGCGACCGCUACUUUCGCUAUCUGACGCGCCCUUCCUUGAUACUGUGAAUUGGCUGAAAAGCAAACUUGUAACAGCUGUAGCAGGUUGAUCUUCUGCGCGAAUGGCUUCAUACGAAGACUGGAACAGGAUUGAGGAGGAUGAGGAAGAAGAGCUUGAAGACGCAUCUCACUAUGAAGGCAAGAAGGAUGUUAUCUUGUUCUGUAUUGACUGCUCGCCAUCCAUGCUUGAAUUAUACGAGGACCCGAAGUAUGAAGACCUCCAAACGUGCCAUCUGUAUACAGCGCUAGAGGCGGCGAUGAACAUUGAGAAACGUAAGGUCAUGGUUGGCCCCAACGACGCAGUAGGGAUAAUGCUCUUCAACACGACAAGACGCAACGAAAGCAACGGUCAGAGUGCCGAAAUCAAGAAGGGAAACUUCGUCUACCAACCAAUAGAGACUAUCAACGCUCCGAGCGUGCAGGAAGUAAUGCGCUUGCUCGAAGCUGCCAGAGAGGACCCCAACUACUUGCGCGAGAGUUUCCCGCCCAUGACAGAGGGUCGUGUGCCAAUGGGAGAUGUCUUCACUAGUUGCAACUGGGUCAUCCGCGACGGGGCUCCUAAGACCGCCACGAAGCGUGUCUUUCUUGUAACGGAUGAAGACGACCCUCACCCAGGCGCUGCCAAGGACAGACUAAUCACUACCGCGCGGACGACGCUCAUUGAUUUGGUGCAAGCGGGAGUCACCGUUGAGCCGUUCUUCAUCAGCACGGAAGAGAAAUCUUUCGACCCGUCUAGAUUCUACUCGUCCGUGCUCCUCCCGACCAAUGUGGUGGACGAGGAUGACGCGAGCGGCAACGUUCUUCCGGAAUCAAUCUCAAUAGCUCGCGUCGACGACCUGCUAGAGCAAAUGCGGAUCCGCGAAGUGCCGAAACGGGCCCAGUUCAGCGUGCCCUUCCAGCUCGCGAAGGACUUCACGAUUGGAGUGAAAGGGUAUGGCCUGAUCACGGAGCAGAAGAGGGGCGCGUACAAAUACUUCGCCGAGCUUGGUGGCAGAAUGGAAGUCGCCAAUUCCCGCACCGUGUAUGUGGAUGAGGACACGCAAGUGGAAGCCGAUAAGGCGCGGGUUCAGUAUGGUAUGGAGCUCGGUGCGACCGCGGAAUCGGCGGAGGACGAGGAUGAAGGUGGAUAUGGGCUGAGAGUUGCACCAGCCAACAGCAGGGUUUUUUACACAGCGGACGAGUUACGGUCCUUCCGCACAUUGGGUUUAGAUCCUAUCAUCAAAUUGCUUGGUUUCAAGAAUCGAUCAAGUCUCGUUUUCGAGGACAAUGUCAAGCACUCCUUGUUCAUCUAUCCAGACGAGAUGACAUACUCUGGCAGCAAGCGGACUUUCACCGCGUUAUUGCGCACUAUGAUCAAUAAAAAGAGAAUAGGCUUGGUCCUGACCAUCACACGACGCAACGCAUCACCGCAGUUCUGUGCGCUGCUGCCUCAGGAAGAGAAGGUGGACGAAGGAGGGUGGCACGAGCCAGCUGGCUUCCACCUCAUCCCGUUACCGUUCGCUGAUGACAUCAGGGCAGCUCCCGUCGAGGAAAGUGUUCGUGCUUCCGAUGAAUUGAAAGACGAGGCGCGGAAGUUCAUAGACAAGCUCACGGUGAAGAAUAAGAACGGUGGCUAUAAUCCGGAUGCUCAUCCCAAUCCUGCAUUGGGAUAUCAUAACGCGCAGCUCGAAGCCAGUGCAUUCAGGGAGGAGUUUGAUCCCGCGGCGUUCGAGGACAUGACCAUCCCGAAGUAUGAUCAAAUGCACAAGCGCGCAGGCACGCUCAUGAAGGCGUGGAAAGAGGCCUUGCUGAAGGACGAGUCGGCAAACAUGACCAUCAUUACCACCGGCUCGAAGCGCAAAGCGGACGUAAGCGUGGACGAAGCGGAGAUCCGGAGCAAGUAUGAAGUCGGGAAGCUCGAGAAGCUUCGAGUGGACCAGCUUAAGGAAUUUCUCAAGGGCAAGAGCCAAUCGGUGUCUGGCAAGAAGGCCGAACUUAUCGACCGUGUCAGCGAGUGGUUAGACAAGCAUCCAUAACUUGUCAUGUUUCAAUAUUUCAAGCUUCAAGACGGGUCGACGCCUCUCGUGAGAGCCCCCUUCAGGUUCCCCGUAUCGCGCACUCUUUGCCUGGAGUUUGGAGCACGGGCUGUGAGAUGUUCUACCCUGACCGCUCGUUCUACUCCGCUUCCAUUCUGCGGGACCGAGUCGAGGCGCAUGUCGUGUGAAGGUGCUGUUUCGCAUGUUGUAUGUGCUACAUUAUAUCCGCCGGUAAUUCUAUGCUAUGUACCGC